AUGGCCGAUGUACAGGACGCGGAAAUGAAUGGAAGCAGUCAAGACGUGCCGGAAAACGGACAAAAUCAGAUGGACAGUGAGGACAACCUGGGCGGCAAUAAUGGUGGUGGCGGUGGUGGCGGCGGCGGCGACAGUCAGAGCGGUCGCGACGACGAGCGGAAGCUGUUUGUUGGCGGUCUGAGCUGGGAAACGACCGAGAAAGAUCUGCGUGAACACUUUGGCCAGUACGGCGAGAUCGAAAGCAUCAAUGUGAAGACGGACCCGAACACGGGCCGUUCGCGUGGAUUUGCCUUCAUCGUGUACAAAGCGUCCGAUUCCAUCGACAAGGUUGUGGCGGCCGGUGAGCAUGUGCUCAACAACAAGAAGGUGGACCCGAAGCGGGCCAAGGCACGUCCCGGCAAGAUUUUUGUCGGCGGUCUCACAUCAGACAUCAGCGAUGAUGAAAUUAAGACGUUUUUCGGCCAGUUCGGUACGAUCGUGGAGGUGGAACUUCCGUUCGACAAGCAAAAGAAUCAACGCAAGGGCUUCUGCUUCAUCACGUACGAGUCGGUGCAGGUGGUGAACGAGCUGCUUAAGACGCCGAAGCAAACCAUCGCCGGCAAGGAGGUGGACGUGAAGAAGGCCACCCCCAAACCGGACGGACAGAUGGGUGGCAUGGGCGGUGGAAUGGGUGGAAUGGGCGGCGGCCGUGGAAACAUGCGUGGUGGAAUGCCCGGACGGGGUGGUAUGCGCGGUAGAGGAGGACCCAAGGGUGGCUUCGGUGGUGGCUGGGGAGGCCCCGGCGGCUACGGCUAUGACAGCUACAGUGGCGGAUACGGCGGACAGGGCUACGGUGGCGGUGGUUUCGACGGGGGCUUCGGAUACGGCGGUGGUGGUUUCGGAGGCGGUGGUGGCUACAUGAACGGUGGCCGUCAGGGUGGCCAGCGGGGCGGAAAGGGUGGCAGCGGGGGCUUCAAGCAGCGUGGUGCCGGUGGUGGUGGUGGCGAUCGUCCACCAAGGCACGCCCCUUACUAA